AUGUCUACAAGAAAGAGGAAGCAGGAUGACGAGGAGCUUGUUGCGCUCCCCAGCGACGAGAGCGAGGAGGAAGAAGAGUAUGAAGACUCCGAGCCAGAAGAUGUAGCCGGUAACGACGAUGAUGACAGUGAGGAGGAAGAAGAGGAAGAGGUUGAGGACGAAGAGGAUGCUGAAGAAGCACAACCCGUGAAGAAGAAGCGCAAAACCGAGCCAGAGCCAGCUUCCACCGAACAAGCAGCCCCCAAGGCCAAAGCUCCAGCCACAGCUGAAGACGAGGAUGAUGAGGAAGCAAACCCCGAGGAAGACGAGGACUCUGCCGCCGCCGACGACGAAGUCGAUUCCGUUCCUGCCAAGACCAAAGGCGCAAAAGCUGUAGAGGAAGAGGAUUUCGAGGAGGUUGGUGGUGACGAUGAUGAGGAUGACGACUAA